CGCCGGGGUUUGUACCGAGCUGGAUGCUUCAGUCGCCCCAUCUGCCCCCUCCUACGAUCGGUGCAAAUUGACACCCCAAAGGCGGGCAGAUAAAGCCAUAGAUUCAAGUCACGAUGAGGUUCGGUAGGACAUUGCGGGAGUCGAUCUACCCGCCCUGGAAAAACAAGUACGUCGAUUACGCCAAGCUCAAGAUUUUGCUGCGGGAAGACAAAUACGAUGACGAUGACGGCCCCUGGACCGAAGAGGACGAGAACCGUUUCUGCGAUGAGAUCUUCAACACCCAGCUCGAGAAGGUGGCGGAGUUUCAAGAGGAAACCGUGUCGAGCUUGCGCGAUCGUAUCGAGGCCGCUUUCGCCAAGCUCAAGGAGAUGACCCCGGAGGACGGCAGCGGACCAAAGCGCGACGUGACCAACCAGCACCUGGAGGAGCUCGAGGCCGAGCUGGACGCCAUCACCAACGAAAUCUCCGAGCUGCAGAAGUUUGGUAACAUCAACUACACUGCGUUCCUGAAGAUUGUCAAGAAGCACGACCGCAAGCGGGGCGGACGGUACAAGGUCCGGCCCAUGAUGCAGCUCAGCCUCGCCCGCCGCCCGUUCAACUCGGAGCAGGCCUACACCCCGCUUCUCAACAAGCUGUCUAUACUAUACUACGCUGUCCGUCAGCAGCUCGACGACUCGGGCGAAGAUGCCUCCCCUCCCGAUCUUCAGAGCAGCUCCGAGACGCACAACGGCGAGCGCUACUCGGCACACAAAUUCUGGGUCCACCCGGACAACCUGCUCGAGGUCAAGACGCACAUUCUACGCCGUCUCCCCGCCCUCGUCUACAGUGAGCAGUCGGCCAAGGAGCUCGACGCCGCCCAUGACCCGACCAUUACCUCCCUCUACUUCGACAACGACGCCUUCGAUCUGUACACCGACAAGGUCAACCGACAGGCCCCCGGCGCCUCCUCCUUCCGCGUCCGCUGGUAUGGCCAGUUGUCUGCCAAAUCCGAGAUCAACAUGGAACAGAAGACCAUCGGCGAUCAAGGCAUGAGCGAGGAGCGAAAGCUGACGCUCAAGGAGAAAUACGUCCAGCCUUUCCUCGACGGAGAGUACCAGAUGGAUAAGGCCAUCCAGAAGCUGAAGCGCCAGAGCGCCCGCUCAGACGAGGACAUCGCAGCCUACAAGAAGACGGUCGACGCACUGCAGGACUUUGUCCGUAGCAAGAAGCUGCAGCCGGUCCUCCGAGCCAACUACUUCCGCAGCGCCUUCCAGAAGCCUGCGGACGAUCGGGUCCGUGUCUCCAUUGACACCGAGGUCGCUUUCGUCCGCGAGGACACUCUGGACCGCGAUCGGCCGUGUCGCGAUCCUCAUUCAUGGCACCGCACUGACAUCGACAACCGUAACCUGACGUAUCCCUUCAAGGACAUCAAUCAGAGCGAGGUAUCCCGCUUCCCCUACGCCAUCCUGGAGAUCAAGCUCAAGGAGGGCGUCCACCGCAAGCGGCCGGUCUGGGUCCAGGACCUCAUGUCGUCCCACCUGGUCCACCCGGUCCCGCGGUUCUCCAAGUUUGUGCACGGCGUGGCGUCGCUGUUCGAAGACUACGUCAACAACCUCCCGUUCUGGCUGAGCGAUCUCGAAGGCGAUAUCCGCAAGGACCCGCACCAGGCUUUCGAGGAGGAGGAGCGCCGCCGUUGCCAGCGGGCCGAGGACGAGUUCGCCGUCGGCAGUUUCCUGGGCAAGCGCGUCAUGCCUCCGCGGGGACCGUCGCGCAGCUCGCCGGUCAGUCAAUCGUAUCUCGCCGACCGCAUGGCCGCCGAGUCGAGCGCAAGGCGCAGCAUGCCCCAGACGGCGACGGUAGAAGAGAACGGCGAGUCGGCACGUCGAGUGGAGAGGGGGGACGAGGGAGAGGAAGAGGAAGAGGAAGAGGAAGAGGAAGAGGAAGAGGAAGAGGAAGAGGAGGAAGAUGGGUCGGGGCGGCGACGGCCCAAGGGCUACAGCAGCACGCUGUCGUCGUUGGUGCCCAACUUCUCGCUGUCGCGGUACUCGCGUGCCAGGCACGAUCGCGGCCCGCCGUUGCCGGAGGGGGUGGUCGAGCCGGCGGUGUGGAUCAAGAACAUGGGCGAGCUCAAGAUCGAGCCCAAGGUAUGGCUGGCCAACGAGCGCACCUUUGUCAAGUGGCAGCACAUCAGCGUCCUCCUCGGCUCGCUCGCCGUGGGGCUGUACUCGGCGGCCGGCAGCAACACCGUGGCGACGGCCAUGGGCGUCACGUACCUUCUCAUUGCCGUCUUCGCUGGGGUGUGGGGCUAUGCCAUGCAGCGGCGGCGCCGGCGGAUGAUCAUCGAGCGCAGCGGGAAGGAUUUCGACAACAUGUUUGGACCUAUCAUCGUCGGCGUUGCCCUGUUGCUUGCCCUUAUUUUUAACUUGGUGUUUGCGUACCGCCGGGUAUCUAAAAAGUGGCGAGAGGAUAAUCAUCAAUUCUCCAACUUCACGAUGGAACAAGGAGCGAUUGGCGAAGAACUGUGACGAGACGAAGUGCUCUUUAUAACGUCAACGGGGCAGAGGCGUUCGGAAUAGUGGCGUACCGGCCUGGGAGUGUGGAUUAUAUGAACUGUUUUGGCAUUGAUUCGACUGAAUUGUAUAUGAGUAGGUCAAAGAGUGGCCACAAAUUCAGAUGGUCAGAUGGUCAAGCAGGAUGCGAAUCGAAUAAGACAAUGUAUUCUUGGGAAUCCCGAGCCU